AUGGACAUGCAGAACGUGACAGGCUCCAAAGCAUGGGAAGAAAUGGAAGGUGUAGCAAAAGCCCCACAUCACAGGGGCACAGGGCAUUUCCUUAUUGGGACACCUUCCCAUUAUAUAAAACGUGAGCCGGAAGAAGGGGCGCUGGAACGCUGGGAAGCCCAGUUGCAGGAGUUUCUGACGAUGCUGCAGGCCCCUCACUCAGGAUGGGGGAAUCAUCAGGUAUCCCCCUCCCCAUGGGAGGAUGCUAAGGCCUUCCUGGCCUCCUUUGAGCAAGUAGCCUCAGCCUGCCGGUGGCCUCGGGACAAGUGGGUGACCCUCCUCCUGCCGGCUCUCAGCGGAGAGCCUGAGCAGGCCUUCAGUGGCCUCAGUGCCCAGGACAAGGGAGACUACAGGAAGGUGAAGGCGGCCAUCUUGGAAGGGGAAGCCAUUGCGAGGGAGAAGCAGCGGCAGCACUUCAGGCAACUCCGCUAUCGGGAGGCGGAGGGUCCGAGAGGCGUUUAUGGCCGGCUCCGUGAGCUUUGUGGCCAGUGGCUGAAAAUAGAGAGGCACACGAAGGAUGAGAUUCUGGAGUUGUUGAUCUUGGAGCAGCUCCUGAGCAUCCUACCGGGAGACAUGCAGAGCUGGGUCAGGGAGCGAAAGCCGGAGACCUGCGCCCAGGCGGUGGCCCUGGCGGAGGGAUUCCUCUUGGGGCAGGACGAGAGGGAGGGUCCGGAACAGAAGGUGAGAAAUUCUGAAGGUGUACAGCAGCAGUGGGGAAGCCCUCUCUGGCUGGUUCAUUUAGACCAGGCGCCCCCAAACUCGGUCCUCCAGAUAUUUUGGGACUACAACUCCCAUCAUCCCUAGCUAACAGGACCAGUGGUCAGGGAUGAUGGGAAUUGUAGUCCCAAAACUUCUGGAGGGCCGAGUUUGGGGGUGCCUGAUUUAGACCUUCCAGGACUCCAUUGGGCCUGUGGUCAGCUAAUGGUGAGUGUUUGCAAAUGACGAUCACCUGGUUGUUAGAACUUGCACAUGGCUGCAUGUGUGGGCGCCUCAUCAUGUCACUGUGAUGUCAGGGAUUGACAGGUGGGCAGCCCCGCCUACCUGUCAAAUUUCGCCUGUGGGGUGGGAGGGGGGGAUAAGUAUCCAGAGUGCUAGACACAUCCAGUUUUUCACCUGCUGGCAUAUGGUGUCUAUGAUAUAUAUGGUGCUGAAAUUGAUUUCUACUGGUUACCGUAUUGGCCCGAAUAUAAGCCGCACUUUCCCCCCAAAGUCUGAUCGUGAAAGUCAAGUGUGGCUUAUAUUCAUGACUUUUCCUGCCAGCAAAGUGGCGCAGUCCCCCCCCCCCCCGAAGCAGCCCAGGAGCGCAGGACAACGGCACCCAGCCCGCCCACCGCUCCCAAGUCUCCCCCGAGCCGUUGGAAUGAAGGGGGGUUGGGGCAGAGGCUGCUGGCAAAGCUGCCCAGCUCCCCCCCAAGAGCAGCCCGGGGGCAACGUGGCGCGUCCCAUCCGCUGCUCUCAAGCCGCUUCUAAGCCGCUGAAUUUUAACGAUGCGGCUUACUUGCAGGUGCGGCUUAUAUUGGAGCCAAUACAGUAAUUUGCUAUUUCAAGUGUCUGGGUCUUAAGUAACCCAUGGAAAUUAAUGUAUUUGGAGAGAUUUGCUCUAGCCCAGAUCUUGGUAGCCAGAAAGUAUAUGUCAUGUUGGGUUCCUUCAGACCAUUGCUUGUUAUCCAACUUCAGGCUCAUGAUCUUCCUCACUGCUGUUUCAGGUACCUGUGCCUUUUGCAGUGAUGGCUGCGGAUCCUUCUGAGACGGGCCAGCUUCUGCCACGGGACACCUGGGCUGGGCAGGUCUUCAGAGAAGCCGCGGACAGGCCGAGUGAAGUGACGAGAUUGUCGAGUAAGGAUUCACCAUGCUCAGGUUUUCAUGAGGCGGUUUCUCCUCUCACUCCUCCCCCCCCCCGGCAAACAUGCACUUGUCUGUCAUUGUUAUUAUUAUCAUUAUCCCGCGUCGGUCCCUACAGCCACAGCAGGCGCUGCAACUUCCAACAGGUUGACUUCACCCCUCAAGGCAAACUCCUCCAUUGCCUCCCAAGACAGAUGGGUGCCAACAAUCCUAUCAUUGCUGCUGCUGCUACUUCUAGGGGCUGACACUCAUGCUAAGUUCUGCUCACCCCCCUACCCCCCCACUUUAGCUCACUCCAUGCCAAAGCCUCCCACCCCAAGCUCCUCCUCACCAAACCUCCACAUAGGAGCCAACUCCUAGGGGAUGAGAUCCCUCCGGUCUCCCAAUAAAAUAGUUGAGGGGUGUCUCUACCCCAAGUUGAUGGGUGUUGCCAUUCAAAUAGAGUAAGUGCACUGCAUCAUGUGAUCUAUUAUGUGGGGUGGGGCUUACCUGACCCCCCCCAAUAUUUUAUUAAAGUUGGCACCCCUGUCCACAGUUCUCCCUCACCACGGUGCUGCCCCUGUCGCACAACACCCUCACUGCCACAAGCCCUUGUUCAAUUCCAUUGGAUGUCUCCAGGUUCUAAUAUUAUGAGAUGUAGUGUUCCCAAAGCAAGGAAGGAUUGGACUCUGAUUAAUAAAAUACACGCAAGGCUUGACCAGCAAGACUCUGGGAGGAGUGCCAAUAAUAAUUCUCUCCACCCCUCGGCCCAGGUCGUUUUAUUCACAAAAGGACUUUUUACACAGUGUUCGUAAGAACCAGUCAGAUUUCCUCUAAGCAUUUCAAAAAACCCCACAUGGGACAAAGUCAGAUGAGAGAAAUUCUUUUAACUACAAAGAAACUAUUUCCUACUUGAGCAUGCAUAUGUCAUUCAGAGUAAAUAAAAGAGGAAGCAAGGAGGAAUGCUUUUAGGAAACCCCAGAGGUCAUAAACAGGAGUAAACAGGAGAGGCAAGAUGGCAGUAUUUACCAUCUCUUUGUGAACUCUCUUCCUGGCCCUUAAGAUCUAUCUAAAGAUUAACAAACUACAUCAAAGUAACCUACUAUCUUUAUGUACUGAGGAUGCGCAGUGAAGCAACUGGCCUGUGUUUAGAAUGCUUAUACUCCUGUCAGGCGUAGAAAAUGAACAGUAGAGAAAAUGGGCAGAGAUGCAGAGGCUUGUGGGAUUUGAUCAGAAAUUAUUGUCAAUGAAUCAAACCCAGUCAAUGCAAUGCUUUCAUUGCUGACACAAUGGCUUGCUCCAUAUUUCAUAAUUCCUCAUAGUAAUCCCACCUGACCACUACAAUGAGAUAAGGUGGAAAAUGUCUCUGUUCACUUUCUCCAUAUCACAAUCACAUCCCUUACUCCUCUUUCUUCUAAACUAAAAAGUUCUAAAAGCUGUAACCUUUACUCAAGCUGGGUUUAUAGGCCUCAGCCCUCUAUUUUCUGGGUUGUUGUUGUUUUACUCUAGCAUCUGAUAUUCAUAGCUGGACAAUAUUUGACUAGAGAGAUCCAGUACAAUAUGACUGACCUGUUUUCCAGUGUGGUGUAGUGGUGUAAAGCCAGUGUGGUGUAGUGGUUAAGAGCGAUAGACUCGUAAUCUGGGGAACCGGGUUCGCGUCUCCGCUCCUCCACAUGCAGCUGCUGGGUGACCUUGGGCCAGUCACACUUCUUUGAAGUCUCUCAGCCUCACUCACCUCACAGAGUGUUUGUUGUGGGGGAGGAAGGGAAAGGAGAAUGUUAGCUGCUUUGAGACUCCUUAAAGGGAGUGAAAGGCGGGAUAUCAAAUCCAAACUCUUCUUCUUCUUCUUCUAAUUUCUCUAAUCCGUAAAAAACUCCCAUAAACUAAGCCAGCAGCCAUUGCCUUGUCUAGUAGUUUUAAAAUUUAAUUAGAAGUGCUUUCUAUUGUCUGCACUGAAGCUACGACUACACAGUUUCAGUGGAAGACUUUAAUUCUCGUAUUAUGAGGGGGAAAGAGAAUAUUCUCACAUAUUCUGCCUGCAACAGCUCUGAUACUAAACUCGGUUGAUUUUCUGUUUGGAAUAAUCACUCCAGAACAGAUAAGAUUCUCUGGGAUUUUUUUAUUCCUACAGGUAAUGAGCAGGUAUUGGAGAAUGAGACAAAUACCCUCCACCAGCAAGGUUCUGUGCAAGGAGAAGCAAACAAUGCCUGUUUGGGAAGAGAGGAGGAUUUCCAUGACCAUCAAAAGCGAAUAAUGUUUGAGAAUCAGCCAGGGUUGUUGAAUGAUGAAGAAAGAAGCUAUGAGAGUGGUCUGGUGGAAAAAUCCACUUUCUAUGCAGAAGUUAGCAGAGAGGAGAGAGAAUCCGCUGACUCACAAAUAAUAGAGUGUAGUGAGGUACAAAAAGCAUCAUCUGACUGUCGAAGAGACUUUGAACGGAGCUCAGACCUUAUGGUACAGCAGAGCAUUCACAUCAGAGAGAAGCCGUACCUGUCAUUCUAUUGUGGAAACAGUUUCAUUAAGACGCAGGGCCUUCUUGCACAUGAGAGAACCCACACAGGAUUGUGGAACACAUAUAAUUACUCUAACGGUGGGAAAAACUUCAGUUGCAGUUCAGGCUCCAUGCAGCACAUGAGAAUCCACACAGGAGAAUCUCUGUACACGUGCUCUCACUGCGGCAAAAACUUUGACAAUUGUUCAGUCUUCCAGGAACAUGUCAGGCUACACACACUGGAGACACCGUACAAGUGCUCAGACUGCGGGAAGAGCUUCGACAAAAAGCGUUACCUUAACAACCACGUGAGGAAGCACAGAGGGGAGAAGCCGUAUGAGUGCCUGCAAUGUGGGAAAAGCUUCCCUAUAAAGUCCAAACUUGUAAAACACGAGAUAAUACACAUGAGGGAGAAGCCAUACAAGUGCACCCUCUGUGGGAAAACAUUCGUUCGGAAGACAGACCUUUGUGCACAUGAUAAAAUCCACACAGUACAGUAGAUAUUUCAAAAUUUAUCUGGCAGGGGAAGAAGCCAAGAAUAAAACACAAAUCAUUAAUAGAUUCUAAGGAUAGAGGUGGCUUUUCCCUGCCAGAUUUAAGGUUAUAUUAUGAGGUGUCCUGCCUUUGCUGGCCCCGAGAAUGGAUACCACUACAAAAUACAGAUAUUUUAGAUUUGGAGGGUCACGAUAAUAGAUUUGGUUGCAUUCAUAUUUAUGGUAUGAAAAAGUCAAAGUACACAGAGAUUUCCUGAACCACUUAGUAAGAAAGUCACUAUAUGUUGUAUGAGAAAAAUACAAAAAUCUCUUCGAGCAGAAAACACUAUGGUGGCUCUCCCCGCUAGAAGCGAUUUAUGUGAAAAAAUUGAAUAUGAGAAAGGGUUGGGCAACAUAUAAGGGAUUAUUAGUAGAAGAAGAGCACCAGUUGAAAUUGAAAAAAUUGAGGAUAUAAGAGAUCUUUUAACGGAUUGGUAACAGUAUCACCAGUUAAAGAGAUGUUUUUAAAACAGAUAAAAGAAAGGGAUUUUCUAAUGAAAUAUUGAAGUCUGAGAGAGUAUUGUUGGAGAAUAAUGUGAAAUUACUCUCUAAAAUGUAUAAAUUGUUAUUGGAAUGGUUUACUAAAGAUGAAAAAGUUAAACUGGUUAUGAUACAAUGGGCAAGGGAUUUUGGAUACAACACACAGCUUUCAACAUGCGGAAAACUACGUAGAAAGGAUUUGAAAUUUACAGUGUAUUAUACAUUAAAAGAAAACUAUGAAAAUGAUGUACCACUGGUAUUUAACUCCAAGUAAAUUAGCAGCAAUGUAUAGGACAAGCUCAAAUAUUUGCUAGAAAUGUAAAGAAAAGUUAGGCACCUUUUACCAUAUGUGGUGGAACUGUAAAGUAAUAAAGGAAUUCUGGGAAAUGAUAUACAAUGAACUGAAAAAAAGUUUAAAAUAACGUUUGUUAAAAAAACCCAGAAGCCUUUUUGUUAGGAAUUGUGGGUGCAGAGAUACUGAGAACACUGUUUAUGUAUGCUACAACAGUGGCAAGAAUGCCACUGUUGGAAAGAAAGCAAGGUCCUACCAGAGUGGACUGGCAGAGCAAAAUAUUGGCUUAUGCAGAGAUGGCAAAAAUGACAGGGAAAAUCAGAAACCAGGAGGAUCAAAACUUCAACAAAGAAUGGGAGAAAAUUAUACUAUACUUGAC